GGGUUCCUCUUCAGCAUAUCUUUUACGCUUACAACACGUAAACGACGAAGACCCGUUUCCUGUCAAAACUGAAAUCCAACUAGGUAUUCGGGAACCAAAGAUUCGCCCAAUUCAAAGAUCCAAUUUUCAAAAAAUCAAAACAUGCGAGGUCAUCACGCCGUAGAGGUGGCCAAGACGGUGCUUGAGGUCGCCGACGUCGCUUGGACCGCCGUCGAAUGCCGCCACCAUCUCCGCCACAACGUCCCCGCCAACGAUAACUGUCCCUCCGACCCAGAUUUGGAGUCUCUGCGAUCAGAGAAUCGUCGCCUCAGGAACUUACUCGACCAGAAUCUGAAGCUUCUCCAUAACCUUUCCGAAUCACCUUCCUUCCUCAACAAUUGCCCUGCCGAUUUGCACGAUCGAUUAGUUGAUACCGUAAGGUCUGAUGAGUACCUGACUCGGCUGAAGUUUCUACAAGAGGAAACUGCUGGCGAAGGAAAUCAAUUUCCUUUUAAGGAGGCCACUGAGGUUGAUUAUCGAUCCGCGGACAUUCUGAUCAAUGUUGACUCUCAAGAACCCAGUUGGUGGGUGUGGGUUACAGAUGAGAUAGAUCCUAGUAAUGUUGAGGAAUCAAGUGGAAUUGAUGAUGAGAGUUACUUAGUCAUCAGUGAGGAGCAUGUGGUUGAUGGAGUUGCCAAUUUUAUGGCAAGAUGCAUUCUGUCUAACCCCAAAGCUCUGAAGUUGUCACCAGAGGAACUGCAGAAAACUCUAUCAAAAGCAUUGGCUGGUACAAGCAAACUGGAAAAGAUUUUUGAUAUUUGGCAGGCUGGAAAGUUGUUUUAUGCUCUGUCUACCUGGGGACUUGCUUUGGCAGGGCUGUACCAAAGCCGUGCAGUGUUAAGAGUUGCCGCAAAGGGUAUUCAUUCAGGCAGCAAACUCGCUCUCAAGGCUCUCUAAAGAUGGCUGUUCCAUGACCAUGGCAAAUGUAAAAUGAAUGGAGUUUAUAUUGCCUUGUCUAUAAACCAAUUUAAUUACUUCCUACAAGAUCUAGUUCAUGUAAAUAAUUUGUAAAUAAAAUUGUUAUGUCUUUUCUUGCUGCGAGUACAACAUUGGCUUCUAAAAAUGCUGCUGACUUUCAGUUGUAAAUUCUAUUGAAUGAUUUAAUGUGUUUU